CAGAUUUGACAACGUUUCUGCCCUGGAUAUCUGCCGUCUACUGAUACCAGAUUACAUUAUUUUGGCCUUUUCAAUAUUCUGCUGGGUAUGCACGAGAGCUUUGGGACGCGUGCGUACGAAUAAUGUGAACGAGGGAUCGUAUUGGAAUAAAACCUUUAUCAUCAAUUCAAAUAUCAGGAACUACGUUUUGCCCUAUUUUGUAUUGAUUCUACUUUUGGUAGCGGGUGUAUCCGUACCAUGCCUGAUAUCAUGUGUGUAUUUCUUGAUCUUUUUACUAUUUGGUACGAUGUGGUCUCUGCAUAAGACGUUACAUUCGCAUUACUGGACAACUUUGUUUCGAGUCAGACUGUUCCUCAUGAUAUAUUCUGGUUCGCAUCUCUUGGUGUUGUAUUUUUAUCAGUUUCAAUUCUUCCAGUCGGCGUUACCUGUCAAAUCUUUACCAGCAAGGUGAGUCGAUCAUUUUGAUUGACAUUCAUUGUAGUGAUGUUUCUUGUGGUCAGAUCUAACGAGAAUCAGAGUGCAUGAGACGCGACCUUGGUAAAGGUGGGGUUACAUGAGCAACAAAAUUGCUGCAGCAAUUUAAAAGCAUGCAUUUAAAAUUUUUAGCAUGCAUUUAAAAUCUGAAUUAGUAUUGGUAACUUUCAUAAACAUCCCUGCUUCUGAAGUAAUAUUUCAAAUCCGACUAUGAGGACUGGACUAGAUUUCAAGUCCGCGUAGUUUGAUCACGUGCUGGGCGGGGCGAAGCCGAGGACUGGAUCAAAAUGCGAGGACUUGGAAUGAAGUCCAGGCCGAAUUGGAGGAUUUGAAAUGACAUCUCAUACGAAUAAAUCACUACUUAAAAUGAGGUGAAUUAAUUUUGAUCCAGUCCUAGGAUUGUGGAUCAAUUAUACUUCACCAGAUAUCCAGUAUUAACAUGUGAGCAAAAUAAAACAAUAAUUGGCUAAUGAGAUUGAUUAUUGCCCCGUUUACUUGAGAUGGUAAAAACUUUCAAGUUUCCAAAAGCUAUUCAUUCUGAAACCUGAAAAUACAAGUUAGAACCUCUGGUACGUAAAGUGCGCGAAUUACUGUACAGUAUAGCUUGACCCUCUCUUAAUUAACCAGUGAACUAAAAAAAAAAAACAUAAGCUUUAAAAACUAUAUUUUCCGAAUUGUUUUGAAUUAGUUUUAUUGAGUGAUCUCGGUGGCGAGCGACUCGUUGAUUUCUCCUUCCUCCCCCUCUAGACUUCUGGGUUUGAUCGGGUUUGUAGAAACAAAGUGUGAUAAUCCUCAAGCUCUGUAUUACCGAAGUGAAGAUCUUGACUGGCCACAUUUUGUGUUCGUUGCUGUCGUGGUGACUCUUUAUUGGUUUCUUGCAACGGAGAUCAGAUAUGACAACAAUGAUCAGGUGUGAAAUUCAUCGCUCUAUCAGGCCCCAGUUACACGAUACCGGGUUCUCAUCGGAGUGACAUCAAAUGUUACAGUUUCAAGGGGAAUUUCGCGCUCAAUAUUAUGAUAAUAUAACAGAAUUAGUCAAAAACUUUAAAUAUGAAAAGUUGUAAGAGGCCAGAAAGCGUUUUAGUUUAUGUCGCUCGACUCGUUCCGAUGCGAAUCCGAUAUCGUGUAACUGGGGCCUUAGACAUCAGGCAGUUUAGUCUUGAGAGUAACGGCUCUCCUUUUUAAUAAGCUCAGCAAUAUUAAUAUUGCUGCCCGAGUUAGCUGUGUAAUGGUGCAAAUUUAGAAGAUGUUUUAUGAACUAUCAAUUAGUACCAGACAAUUUGACAUCUAAAACUUGGACUUUUUUGUCAUAGUAGCCUUUCACGGAUAUUGUUAAACUUUUUGUGAAGAGUAUGUAAGAAAUCAGUCAUGCAUGUGAAAAUUAUGCGUGAAAGGCUAGUGGCAAAAAAUUGCAUGCUUACUGUACGCGUAUAGCAUGACCAGUUCCCAUGGCUGGCUUCGCCAUUGAGAAAUGCAUUUUUAGCACAUGUUAAUUCCACAAGAAAUAAUGCAUCUCUGCUGAAACUUCGAUAACAGUCAAUAUAAAGCAAAUGCGGCUGUUAUUACAGUAACAAUCGCGCGCAGGCUUACCCAUAAUGCUUCGUAUCUCCUAAGUAUAGUAAGUAUAUCCCAAUAGCUUAUAGUAGCCUAUACACAGUGAGUACGUAGAAAUCUCGCAACUUGUCAACAAGAUGUGUUCGCAACAGGCUUGUAGCAAGCUUGUCAACAAGUUUUAACAAUGUUGUUAUUUCAUCAAGUUGCUACAAGGUUAUCACUCUCAACUUGUUGACAAAUUGUUGAACUCGGACAGGACGAUAACGAGUUGUUGGAACAACUUGUAACAAGCCUGUUAAGCUCAACAACCUUGUAGCAAGUUGUCAACAAGCCGUUGACAACUUGUGAACAAGCUGGGAACAAGCAGUGCGAACACAUCCUGUUGACAAGUUGUUGGAACAGCAUUGCCACAAAUCUGCUGCAGGUUUGUUACAACUUGUGCGUUUUUACGCGUGUAGUAAAUAUACACUGAAGGUGUAAAUAGUCUUGAAACGUUUUAAUUUAGCAUGGCAAUGAAAGCAGACGGACCGAUAUCAAUUUAGAUGAUGACCAUACUGAAGAAUUAGGCGAAAACAGCCAGACCGCAGGAGCUGGGGAGGAAGACCGUCCAACUCUGACGUUAAAAGAAACGAUAUCUAGUAUUUUAUCAUUCUUGAUGGCGCAAAGUUAUAUCGCAUCUCUCAUUAUUAUGAUGGUAGGUACAACUAAAUCUACCUCUCCGACGAUCUAGAAAGGUUGCAGAAGCGAGCCCUGCGAAUAAUUUCCCCAUCCACCAACUAUGUUGAGGCAUUGGAAGUCUGUGGCUUAUCUUCAUUGCAUGAUCGCAGGGAAUAUCUAACAACCAAACUGUUUCAUGAAAUUUACCGUGAUCUAAACCACAAACUACAACGUCUUCUUCCUGAUCUUAAUUAAUGAAUCUAAGGGGGAAGUGUGCACAUCCCCUGAGAUCGUUUUGCACCUCCCCUGAGAAUUUUUGCACCUCCCCUUAAAAGUCAUGCACUUCCCCUUAGGAAAGUUUUAAUGAUAGAUCAAAGUGAAAAUUUGACAUUUUUUGGUUGCUUAGGGUCUACACUUCGUAAGAAAGUUUUUUUCUGUAAAAUUGAAACAAUGAUAGCCAUUCAUCCCUGUGUCAAGUACCCUGUUGAUGCAAUGUUUUGAAAGAAACUUUGUAGCAAUUGUAAUGAAAGGCAAAAUUGGAUGAGUUGUACAGUCAUAAUUCAUUAAUACACUGAUACAUAUGUGCACGACAUAAAUAUACGUCACGUCGUUGACUUUGUCCCCAACUUUCUUUCCACGAGCGUUAUUAACUAGAUCGCUGCACCUCCCCUAAAUUUUUUCCACCUCCCCCACUAUUUCCACCAAAAUCUUGUCUUGUAUUGUAUAUUGAGUUUCUUUCAGGACAAGUUUCUUAGAAGUGCAUGUUGUUGACCAUACAAUCGCAUAACUUGAACCUUAUCGCAUGGGCACUCUAGAUUGCUUAUAUCGGCCACAGACCCGUUAAACACUUUAGGCUGGACCACUCUUGAACAACGCAGAUUGUAUCAUGGAUGCUUAUUUGUUUUUAAGUGUCUAAAUAUUCAUACCUCACAUGGAUUUGAACUUCUAGCGAACAGAGAAAUAUACAACUAUACAAUACGCGAUAUAUAAGGACAAUUUAAGGCCACCGAAAGUGUCAAGGAAUUGGGGAAAGCAAAGACUCGCUUAUCAGCCAUGACAGACUGGAAGAACUUAGACAGAAAUAUAAAACUCUCUACUAGUAUUUCUACAUUUAAGAAAAACUUUUUUAGCAAUCUUUGAACUUUCCCUCGUAUAAGUUUUUAACAUUUUCAUAGUUAUGUAGUAUAUGCAUGUCUUCCUUGUAAAUUUGUUCAUUUAGUUCAGGACCUUUCUGAAAAUCACUUUGCGAGAAAGCUUCCUGAAAAUAAAUAUUAAUUUAAAAAAAUGUCUUUAUUUGUUAGGCAUGGAGCAUAAUUUACCAUUCGUGGCUGACUUUUGUUCUUCUACUUUGGGCAUGCCUCAUCUGGAUAACGCCGUUUGCUCGGUCGUUCUGUAUGAUCACGUCGCCAUAUUUGGUGAUAUAUGCAGAGGUCUUACUACUCAUUCAGUUCAUUUAUGGUUUGGAGUUGAACGAUGAUGAGUUGCCGAUGAAGAGCGCUUCUGGAGAGCUGGACUAUGAAGAAUUAGGUUUCAAGAAAUGGAGAUAUCCCUGUUUACAUUUGGCUAUACAGGUAAAGUGAAUACAUACAGUAUACAUGUAUACUGUCAUUUGAUAUCUCAUAUCAAGCAAUUAUCUGCUACACGCGAGACUUCAAAUAAAUAUUUUGUGAAUAUAAUUUCAGCAGAACAGCUUACAGUAAUACGAAAAUUAAAUUAGUUGAACAGAUGAUGAUCGUUAGGUUAAAUGAAAACUGAUGAAAUUGGAAUUAAAGUAUAAAACUUUGUAGCGCUUUUCCGUGCUAUAUAAAAGAGAUGAAUGCAUUAUGGUUUGUGCUUACAUACAUGUAUAAAUAUGGGUUUGACGUGGGAUGAAGCGUUUUUGUGUGGCUAGAAAACUUCAGUGGCUCUAUUUUUUCUUUAGACUGUAUUUACGUGGGUAUUCUGGGUGACACUUCACCAACACGUUAAAGAAAAGCAAAGUAGAAGCGAUGGAGAACAAUUCGAAUUACGUCCAAUCGUUAUCGCUUUGACACAAAUGUGUAAGUGUCAUUUCAUAACCGACGUUUAGUGCUUAAAUGUAUGGCAAACUGGAUUUCUCUACUUCUUUUGUCUCAAAAUGUACAGUACGUAGCUACACCAAUAUGUGCCAAUAUCAACUUCGAUUCCUGUGGAAGGGCAGAUGGUUGCAUCACCAAUACCUAUUUUAUAUACUUUAAUUCGUGGCCUUUUAAUCAUUUUUAGUUUCCCGCAAUCCCGGUCAAAGGAACACAGGAACCGAAGGUACAGUGUCAAUUUCCCGUUUGGAAGUACAGUAGUUGUUGUGAUGCACAAGGCAUAUUUUCAUGAAUUUACAAUGCUAGUCCAUAACUAGGGGAAAGUUUUAUACUGACCAUAGACAGAUCGACUAUUUCAUUAACUAUUGCUUUUCAUUGUUCACAACCUUUUAUCAUAUGAUCGCCAAGUUGUUCCGUUGAAAUUGUCUUCCGGCUGAAUUUGAUCGAUGCCAGUCUUUGCAGGUCUUCCCUUUCCCAGCGAUGGUUCUCAGAGUGGCGUAUUACGUUUUAAGCCAGUCUGCACUAUAUGAUCGAUUACACGCAAAAACGCACAAGUUGUAACAAACCUGCAGCAGACUUGCAGCAAUGCUGUUCCAACAACUUGUCAACAGGAUGUGUUCGCACUGCUUGUUCCUAGCUUAUUGACAAAUUGUCAACGGCUUGUUGACAACUUGCUACAAGGUUGUUGAGCUCAACAGACUUGUUACAAGUUGUUCCAACAACUUGUUAUCGUCCUGCAAUUCAACAAUUUGAAUUGAAGGACGAUAACACGACUGAUUAUUUACUUAAUAUUUUCCCCAGGCAAUGAAACAUCACACAGCAUCUCGGCAACAGGCGAUACCACGGUUGAUGUGAUAUUAAUGAGAUGGAUAAAGUCCGUGCUCAGCAAGUACUGGAUCCUAGUUUGUUGUGGUGCAUUCCUAUUGGUUGGUCUUCAAAAUGACGUGUCAAUGUACCAGAUUGGUUAUAUGGCGAUAUUUUUAUUUCUGUUUGUGUGUUAUCAGGUAUGUCUGUUGGCAAGUUGGCGUAUUUCUUUUCUUCGAUUUGUCUGUCUGUUUAGAUAGCUAUAGCACUAUAUUGUAAGCUCCGAUGAUGUUUUAAAGGAAUUAAUUAAAACUUGCAGCCCUUAAAACAACGAUAUAAAAUCAACAAGACGAUUUUGCCAUCAUAUUUAACAAACAUGUUUAAAAUUAAAACUAAUGAUAGGCAGGACCGCCGAGAGAAUUUGCGGGGCCUGGGGCAAAUCUUCUUUGGGGGCUCCAUGACAUGAUUAUUUUUAAGCUAGACCCAAGUCAGUCAUUCAACUAGACCUUAGCUAGACUGCAUGUGGAGCUACUGUAAGGGGCCCUUAAUUUUAAAAAUGCUCUGACCCAUUUAAAAAACUUACUCAAUUUUAGGCUCUCGUUAUCAAGUUGGGGCCCUAUUAAGGUGGGGCCCCGGGCAAUUUGCCCCGCCCCCUCUCGGCGGCCCUGAUGAUAGGUAUGUCUUGUGAAGUACUAGCAACAAUUAUGUAUACUUGCCGGAAACAAGCGUUAUGAAAAAGAGUUUUACUUACAGUAGCUGCGUCGCUUUUGAAUGGCUUAUGAAGUACGGCCAAAGAAAAAGGAAUAAGCCUUAACAAAUUUAAUGUUUUCUUGGCGGCAACUGAUUCAAUAUCACCCUUGUAAAUAUGGUUUUAAAUUUAAUUAUAUUUAGUGCAUGCAAAUUGAUAUAUAUUAGUAAAUAAUUGUAAUAUUGUAAAUUAAUUACUAGUUAUAGUGUCAUCAUUAUUAGUGUGCAACAAACGGUCCCUUGAAAAUCAGGUACCUAUGCACCCUGAAGGGUUAUCGUUUUAAAAUAUUUUUGAAAUAAUAAUAACAAAAAUAAUAAUUGUAGACUUGUAGUAUGUAAGUUAUUACGCCAGAUUACAGUACAUUGCGAAAGCAAAUUGGAAAGAGUAAUUACAUACAAGGCCGGAUUUUGGUGGAAAUGCUGGGGCAGGUGGAAAUAUAUUUAGGGGAGUCUAGCCCACGGCCCCCAUGGAAUGUUAGGACUUAGAAUGUAGCCCCCUAUUAAAGUCAACUAUAUGACGCAUGCAUGUACUGUACAUGUGUAUCAGUGUAUUUAUGAAUUAUGACUGUACGACCUAUCCAAUAUAUGCUCUUUAUUACCGAUUACUACAAACGCAUAAAAAAAUUCACUUUAAUCUAUCAUUUAAACUUUCCCAAGGGGAGGUGCAUGACUUUUCAGGGCAGGUGCAAAAAAUCUCUGGAGGUGCAAAACGAUCUCAGGGGAGGUGCCCCCACACCUCCCCUCACAAUCCGGCCUUGAUUACAUAUACGUAUAUUUCUCCUGUAUUUAAUAUUAUCUGAUUACUUUUCCAUUAUUUAGGUUUCGUUUUCAUUUUGGCGUGUAAUCUUACGUCCAGUAUGGUGGGCGAUGGUUAUUUACUCUGUGUGUAUUUUGUUGGUGAUAUAUACAUACCAGUUCGAAAAUAUGCCGAUGUAUUGGAGAAAUACGACGCAUCUCUCUGAUGAAUGGUUAGUAUUGUCUUCAUACCAUCGAAAACAGCCAGUUUUGCGUAUUUUAUAAACUGUCCAAUAAUUAAGAGUUAUUCGAACUGUAGUCGUAUAUGAGCGGAUAGCUGACGAGGUGUGUAGCACCGAGUGGGCUAUUAGUGUAGUGAGUAGAAUAAGGCCCUAUUAUCAUCUAAACUUCAUUCAUCUGCUGGUCCCGAUGAAAUUCCUUCUUGGCUUCUCCGGGAAAACGCUUCAGUGUUGUGUCGACCUUUGUGUUCUAUUUUUAAUUCAUCAGUUCGUGAAGGAUUUGUUCCCUCAAUAUGGAAGGCAGCAAAUGUUACACCAGUUCAAAAAUCUUCGCCUCCUAAAGAUGUUGAUUCUGACUUUAGACCAAUUUCCCUCACACCAAUUAUCAGCAAGAUUCUUGAAUCCUUUCCCUACAAAUGGCUACUUGACUCCGUCUCAAAAAAUUGAUUCCUUGCAAUUUGGUUCGCUGAAGGGUUCAAGCACUAGUAUGGCAUUAAUCUACAUGCUACAUAAAUGGUUUGAAGCAGCUGACAAACAAGGUAACACUAUACGGAUUUGUUUACUUGAUUUUUCCAAGGCGUUUGAUAGAUUAGAUCAUAACAUUCUGUUGGAAAAAUUGAAAGACAUGGAAAUUCAUCCCGUAUUACUCAACUGGAUCGCAAACUUCCUAACAGGCAGACAACAAAGAACCCGUGUUGGUCAGUUCUUUUCUGAGUGGAAGUUUUUAAACGCCGGCGUCCCACAAGGAACGAAGCUUGGCCCGCUAUUAUUUUUGAUCAUGAUAAAUGACGUGGCUGUAGUGGAUGAAACUGUUAAAUUUGUCGAUGAUACUAGCCUUUGGGAAAUAAUAUCAAACAAUUCCCCUUCCCAGUUACCCGCUAACAUCAUCAGCUGCUCUGAAUGGUCAUCAGACAAUAAUAUGAAGUUAAACGUAUCAAAGACCAAAGAAUUGCGUGUCUGCUUUUCUAAACUUACUCCAUCGUUUGCCCCCAUUACCAUUCGCGGUCAAGAGGUCGACGUCGUUUCCGAGGCCAAACUAUUGGGCGUUGUCCUUUCGGACGACCUCAAAUGGAACUGCCAUAUUGACUACAUUUGCAAGAAAGCCGCGAAGCGUUUGUACGGUCUGCGCCUUCUUAAAAGAAAUGCUUUACCUACUCAUAUUCUGAUCUCAACCUAUUGUACACAUAUUCGACCAAUUGUCGAAUAUGCUUGUCAGGUGUGGCAUUAUGGCCUUCCUCAUUACCUGAGUGAUCAAGUUGAAAAAAUACAAAAAAGGGCAUUAAAAAUUAUUUUCCCUGGAACUAUUUAUGCUGAAUGUUUGCUUAAAGCUAACUUGAUGACUCUUUACGAACGUAGAACUGUCCAUUGCAAGCGACUUUUUUCGAAGAUGUUGGAACCCACUCAUAAACUGAAUGCCUUAGUACCGCCUAAAAGUCUUCAAACUUAUAAUCUGAGGUCUUAUCCCAACUUAUUAGUACCUAGGUGUAGAACUGAACGUUUUUCGAACAGUUUCAUUCCUGCUGCGUCUCGUGCUUAUAAUAAUAAGUAAACUUUAGAUUACUAACGUUAUUUUUAUUUAACUUACCUAUUUUUACCUGUAAAUAUAGAAUAGAUUAAAUACCUAUGUUCUUAUACCCUGUAAUUCCAAAGUAAUUCAGUUGUUACUGCUAGUUUGGAAAUUUUUUUAAUAAUAAUAAUAAUAAUAAUAAUAAUAACUCUUUUAUUAUUUUGACAACCGCUGCAUUCACAGACUCAUCUGUAUGGCAAUAUGUUGACAUGUAAUUUUAGCAAUCCAUCGAAAACUUGCCCUAAACCUGAUAAGCCACUGCUGCUAUUUCUUCAAAUAAUAUAUACUUCAAACAUUGCGCUGAAAACUUAUAUAUUUGCAAUGCGUAUAACCUUUCCAUCGCGAUGAAACAUGUAUAAUGAAGCGCUAUCUACCGCAGGUCUACAACUAGUUCUUAUAUGCAAGAAGACAAUAUUUAAUCGAUAAACUCUUCCAAGAUAUUGUGACUAAUGAUAUAGUCUUAGACUUCACAGCUCCAUGUAAUACCAAUGCACGAAACUUAAGAAAAGCUUUUGGCUGCAAAGUUUUAUAUAAUUAAACUAUCUAGUACGGUCUCACAGAUCUUGACACAUCACAAUAUGUUUAAACUACAGUAGGCAGGACACGCAUGGCACCUCUGGCCUUUUAACUGGUUUUUCUACGACUUCUCUCUUCUGUGCUUCUAGUUUUUCAUUCACUUUCAAUUUUUCUAUUCUAUAUUUUUCUUGCCUUUCUAUACAAUCUCAUCUAGUGGUGUGCACCAAACAUGCAUGGGACCUAGUCUCGUUUGUGUUUCGCUACGUUUAGCAGCUUCUGUAGUUACUAUUCUCCAUACUCUUGUUCAAUGUAAUUAUCCAUGUAAGUUAUGUACAGUAUUAUCAACUGAAGUUAUCAACGUGCCAAAUUAAGGGGCUGUUUACAUGGUUAACCGGACUGAAACUUCAUCAAGCCAAAAGUGGCGGGGGAAAGUUGUUUACUUAUUAAUACUGUAAGGUUUGUCACGCAAGUCAAAUGCACGUUUUAUAGAGCUAAUUUUCAAAACUAUCUAAUCGACAAGAAAAAUACUAAUAGUUAAAAAAAAAUACUAAUUCAAAUCGAUAUUGUAGCUUGUACAGAGGUUCUUUCGCUAGCCCGGUUAUACCCGGGCUGGUAACUUUACGUUGGAAAAUUUCAGCCCGGUUAGCUGGGCGUCCCGUUUGACUCAGGUGAGAUCUCGGCUAGGCGGGCUGGCCCAGUUCACAUGUAAACUAAAACUGUUUUGUUAAGGGAUUUGUAUGAAGCCGCGGGCGCCUCGGUUAACCGGGCUAGUCCGGCUAGCCGGGCUCAUGUAAACAGCCCCUAAAGCUGCUAAAAUAAAUAUCUAUCUAUCUUUAUUUACUUGACGGCGUGUAUUUUCUUCCUACAGGUUAUAUGACCUGGGUCUUCGUCAGCACACAAAAGCCAGUCUACUUUUGGAACUUCUGACACCAACGACAUUUUCCGUGAUCAUUGUCAUUCAACUCCAUUUCUUCUAUCGACCAUUCAUGGCUAUGAUUGACCUUCGACCUCCACGUCAGGCGGUCAGAGUGUCACGUGACGAAGAGAGAAGAGUGUCGCUCAGCAUUGCAGCCAAUCACGAAGAAGAGGAGGUCACCUCGGCCAAUCAGGAGGAAGAGAACAUCAUCCCGGCCAAUCAGAGACAAGGGAAAGGCAUUUUGUCCAAUCAGGAUGCAGGAUACGGAAGGGAUGAGAACGAUUCCCCUUCGGAACCGCAAACGUGGGUGUUAAAAUGGUACAACUACAUGACUGUGAAGUUAUGGAGAUUGGGCGAACUUCACAUGUCGAAAAUUAUCAGUUUUACUUUGAUUUGCGUUGUUCUGUCGAAGGUAAGGAUUUUAAAUUAUGGUAAAGUCAUUCCACGAGCCUUUGGACUAUAAAGAUUUCACUUGAGUCUGACAAAUGUCCAGUCAAAUUUGCAGUUUCGACAAUGGCCAAUACUGGUCGGUCAGCUUUUCAAUAUUUGUUAAAUGCCGGUAGUAUAGAUAAUCACACGGGAGUGCAUUUAAUGAUUGUAUGUUUCAAAAUCACUAUGAGUGAUUUUGAAAAAUAUGCCAAAAUUGCACGAGCGGCCGAAGCGAGUGCAAUUUGGCAUAUUUUUCAAAAAUCACGAGUUUCUCGAUAUCAUACUCAACCUCAUUCAAUAAUUGUGUAUUAUUGAUGUUGAAAUUUGGAAAUUUAAUGACACAUUACGUUUCAUAACUUUUUUACAUUUCCUCACAAAUUUCGUCUCAAAAAAUUUUCUCCGUUCUUAGGUGUGUGCGAUAAAUGCCGUGAUUAUUGUAUUGCUGGGCAUAGCAAUGCCUUCAGGUGUGAUCCAGAGAGCUCUAUCGUAUUGUUUCCUUAUAUGGAGCUCCUUGGUUAUCCUCGCAAAAAUGUGUUAUCAAUUACAGUUCGUGCAAGAAGAUGUCUUUCAACAUAAUUGUUCCAAUACGGUAAGAUAAUAAUAAUAAUAAUAAUAAUAAUAAUAAUGAUAUUUAUAUAGCGCCUAUACAUUGCUGUCCUAAGCGCUUUAUAAUAUCAUAUUACAUUUACAAAAUUAUUAUCUAUAUUUACAGUCGAUUUUGUUAUAAAAUAAAUGUUAAAAAACAACUAAUGAGUUACAAAGAAUGAUAAUUAAAACCUAAAAGUAAUUACAAAUCGUAAGUUUGUUUAAAAAGAUGUGUUUUCAAUUCAGAUUUAAAUAUGUUGAUGUUACUAAUCGAUCUAAUGUUCAUUGCAUGGGAGCAUGUUCCAAAUUCUCGGUGCUGCAACUGAAAAGGCCCUGUAGGCAUAUGUCUUUAAAUUAUAAUGUUGUUCUGCAAAACGCCAUUUGUCUGAGGACGAUCGAAGACACCUUGCCGGCUGAUGGUGACAUAAAAGAUCUUGCAAAUAUGUCGGAGCCAUGUUGUUCAUUAUUUUAAAGCACAUCAAAUUGAUCUUAAAAAUGAUGAUAUAUGAUUGUUUUUAGAUAUAUGAUUGUUUUUGCCACACAUAUAAUUUACUGGCCCGGUUACCUGCAUGUGUUUCACAACUUUUUGCUUGAAACUGUCGCAUGCAACCUGCUUACAACUUAAAUGGUACUGUGUAUCAAACACACACAUCGAGCACCUACGAAAACGAAUCCUGGAAAGGGUACAUCUUUUUAGGAAGAUCACCCUCCACUACGAAUGUAAAUUAUGUGAAGAGUCGCCGACUUUUCUUAGGGCACGUACUGACAUUUAAAGGGACGCGCACUCCUCUGAACCUCGUGGAAAAUCUACCAAUGAAUUCGCCCCCUAGUUGGCAUAUACCAAACAUUCAUAUGGUCUAAAAAAAUACCUGUGGUUCCGGUUUCAUAUCGUGAAAAAAUUAGGGUCGGUAGGUCGGAAAUAGAUUUUUUUUAACUAUGUUUUUCAUGGUUUGGGCGCGUUUUUUGCUGGGCGAUUUGCAGUAGAGUUUUUUGCUGGGCGAUUUGCAAUAUUAAUUAGAGAUGCGUAUUUCCUAUGGACGAAUUUAGGCAAUUUGGUUCAAUAAUUAGUGUGACAACAGACGCCAUUUUGGCAUCGCUGUAUGAACAGCCCGCAACCACCCGGAGAAAAUAGGGUCGCACGGUCAAUCGCGUUGAAAAAAUAAAAGAGUUGGCAGAAAAAAAUAGGGUCGGUCGGGAACCGGAACCACAGGUAUUUUUUUUAGGCCUAUUCCCAAAAAUAUUAAUGACGUAGAAAGGCCACGAAUUCGCCCAUUCCAUGCACCCUCGUUCGCAUGAUUAUAAUCAACAGAACAAAAAGGUUAGGGAACUCGAUGCAGACAUAAUAAAUCUUGUCUUGGUUUAUGCAAGAAAUGGUCGGUUCAUCGCCACGUGUGUAUUGUUUUUUGGCCCAACCAAUAGCAGUGUGUUAAUUUAAUUACCUAGCCGUGAUAUUACACAUGAAAAUGUUAAAUGAAAAUGUAGCAAUUGGUUGCGCUAACGAAAGUAAAAUCCACACCUGCAUGAAAUGAGAUCUAUUAUUACGUCUGCAUCGAGUUCCCUAACCUUCUUAGUACAAAAAUUACAUAGUUAGACAUUAGGUUGCAUUAACCCAUUGAGUCGCAUUGCACCCUUAUGCACCCUACUUUGGUAUUUUACUCUGUCUAACGCCAUACGAUUUUACUCGUCAAGGGGAGAGCGCUGGCGCUUAAUGGAUUAACUGGCCUAUCUGCCCAUGUGUCUAGUUAACCCAUUGAGUCGCAUUGCACCCUGAUGCACCCUACUUUAGUAUUUUACUCUGUCUAACGCCAGACGAUUUUACUUGUCAAGGGGAAAGCGCUGGCGCUUAAUGGGUUAAAUAACGCAGAGAGACGGCAUGUAGUAAAACACUGACUACCGGAACACCGGAACACCACCUAACCCUAAGCCUAACCCCAACCCUAACCAAUCCUAACCCUAACCCCAACCCUAACCCCCAAUCCUAACCCUAAUCCCAAACCCUAACCCCAAACAAAAUGGUGGUGUUCCGGUGUUCCGGUGGUGUUCCGGUGGUGUUCCGGUGGUGUUCCGGUGGUGUUCCGGUGGUGUUCCGGUGGUGUUCCGGUGGUGUUCCGGUGUUCCGGUGGUCUGUGUUUUACUACAUGCCCAGAGAGACGACGUCUAUCUUGUCGUGGCUUUCAUUUCAUCUCUGUUUUAGGUGAUCCGUCGUUCUAACGUUGUCAAUCAUUUUACUAACAAUGCUUUAUGGGUCGGCUUUUAUAAAACUAAAAAUAUUUCUGCAGAUAUACAGG